UUCCUGUUAUUCUGGGACAGACCGCCUGGUGUUUAACAAAAACAGUAAAUUGUUGUCGAACUCCGCAGAUUCGACACGAUCUGAGGGAAAUCAGCGGAGUUAGUGUUUCCCGAGCGAGCAGUUACCGUCGGAGCGGAGCAGAGGAGACCAUGGCCGGGGCCGGGGCUGGGGCUGGGGCUGAGAUGGACUACACGGUGCACGAGGCCUGGAACGAGGCGACCAAUGUUUAUCUGAUCGCCAUUUUGGUCAGUUUCGGGCUCCUGGUCUACGCUCGCAAAAACAAAAGGAAGAUUAUGCGAAUAUUCACUGUGCCCCCAACUGUUGACCCAACACCUGAGCCCAAUUUUUAUGACAGUUUACAGAAAGUUCGAUUACGGCAACAGUUAGAGAUGUACUACAUCGCACGAAAGUAUGACCUGCAGCAAGAACAGCCGGAUAGUGUGCAGCUUACAGUGGACUGAGAACUGAUAGCUACAAUAUAAUAACACACAGGCACUAUUGAUACUCAAGUGGAAAUGACAAAGUAAGGAUCGUGACUAGAAGGUGAAGCCAUUAAAAAAACAAUAAAAAUGAUAGGAAUCUGAAAUCAGAGCAAAAUAUGUUAGAAAUUGAAACUUAAUGUUCAUUUCUUGCAAAACAAAUAUACAGGAGAGGUGAGACUGUUCCUUGUCAUGUUAAGAAAAUUGGCUUAACCUUCCUGAUCUACAUCUAAAUCACCAAUUUGUAUAUUUUUAAAACAAAACCACUGAUAUCAAUUCUGUUAAUGAAGUUGGUUUCCUCCCAUAAAAUAUGAUGAGGAAGGGAAUCAAGGCUUUGAGUGUUCUCAGCUAUUUAUAAGAUUGCCUUCCUAACCUCAAAAUGUUAAUGAAAGAAUACAAGUUAAUAGGAACAUAACAUUCUAAUUAGGAGUAGACUAUUUCAUCCCGAAGCCAGCUGCAAUAGUCAGUUUGAUCACAGCUAAUCUUCUGAUUCAACUGCACUUUCCCACUCCUACCCCAUACUCCUCAAUUUCUGAGGAACCAAAAAUCUAUCCAGUUUGUCUAAAAUCAAGCUUGUUCCUCCCUCUGGGAUAAUUAUUACAGAUCCACAAGUGACAUCCGAGAUAGAGAUGUGAUGAUUGAGAAUAAUUUCCUAAGGAUUAAUGUUGUGAUGAAACAACACUUUUUCAGUUGAGGAUUUUUGAACAGUUUAUUGCUGAGCCAUUUCCAUUUCUAA